AGCCAUUUUGGCUCAAGCCAUUUUCGGCUCGAGGUCCAGUGGAACGCGCCCCCGGCUGGGGAACGAAUGGUGCCGCAGCCAUAGUGGCUCCCACAAGCCAGAGCCGCAGUGGCUUCCGUCUUCCGGUUCCACGCGUGACCGUGAUUAUCCAUUUCAUCUCUGCCGUUUCGUAUCUUCGAAAUUCUGACAUGGCGAUCCUGAAGGUGAUGUUGGUGGGUGUGACCGCUCUGAUGCGGGCCCGAUCGGCCGUCGGGCUCGGCGCUGGGCUUGCCCAGUCCCUGGAGCCGAGCAGCGAGGUGCCCCCCGUCCGGGGAUUCAGCAGCGACGAGCUCCUGGCCGCCGGAGGGGACACGGACGAGCUGGACGAUUUCGACACGUGGUAUUUGGAGGAAGCGGAUCGGAGGAGCUUGAGUUUGGGUGCAAGGUCGAGCAGCCCCGCCCACGUGAGCGAGGAGGAGAAGACGCGCAUCGCUGCAGCUGCGCAGCAGUGCAGAAGGGACGGGGCGUCGGCGCUCGAGCGCGGGGUCAUCACCUACUUGGUGACCCGCCCUGCGGAUCUGGACAGACUGGGGGAGAGCCUGCCACGUCUGCGCUACUUCUUCCUCCGGCACUGGGCGUAUGACGUGAAGGUUUUCGUUCCGGGCGACGCCCUGCGCGAGUACGAUCCUCACAGCUUCGACUCUUCUCCCACCCGCGAGGAAGUCCAGGAGGUGGUGCGCGAGCACUUGGGCGAGAGUUCCAGCUGGGAGAUCGCACCUUUCGACCUCAAGUUUCCAAAGGUUAUCCGUGAAGAUGCAAAUUGGACCAGCAAGUUGAACACGUGUGCAAAAGCUGUCAGUACGAGCUACAAGCAUAUGAACCAGUUCUUCACCAAGGUGAUGUACGAGCACCCAUCCUUGGACAAGUACAGGUACUAUCUGCGCAUAGAUGCAGACUUCGCUUUCAUGGCGGACCUCGAGAACGAUCCUUUCUGCAUGAUGGCGAAGACGGGACGCAAGUUCAUGUGGCAGACGCGGAAGAAUAUAUGGGUAAAGGAGUGUUCGCAUGGCCUUUGGGAGUGGUUCCAGCAGUACCAGCAGACGCACGGCCUGACCGUUCAGGAUCCUGAUAUCUGGAACGAGCGCUUAGCCCAGCAGGUCUACGUAGGCUACGCAGGCAUGGGGGAUCUGGAUUUCUUCAGGUCGGAGCCAGUCCGCAGGCUGGCGGAGGCGUUCAACGAGGACGGGCGAGUUUACCUGAAUCGUUGGUCAGAUCAGACUUACUAUCCUCUCGUGUUCGCCCUGCUCGAGCCUCACUCCUCUGUCGGCGAUAACGGUUUUGACUGGGGCUUAGCUGGCCCGUAUGGCAGAUGGUGUCACAAGUGCACAGUCGAAUUGCCGUUCAACAGUGUCACUGGAAAAAACGAGCCCAUCGAUUGCAAGCACCCGUGUCACCGGGAGAACAUGGGAAGUGACAACAUUCUCGCUGGCACGAGCAUCGACCUCACGAACGCGCACCAGCGGAAGGCGGCGAAGAGCAAACUCCAGUAAGUUGAUGUCAUGAGUGCGAUGCCCCCCAUGCAGAUGUAGUUUAUGUGCGAGUUUCUGAUUGCAGCCAGUUCUGUGAGGAGGCGGAGGAGGAAGGGGAACAGACUAGGAGCAGCAUGAAGGGGGUCGGAGGAGGGGGAGUCCGAGAUGCCGCUGAUGUAGGGUGGCCAGUUGGCAAGUUCCUUGAGAGCAGGCAGGUGGCGCCGGAAAACGAACAA